UCAGUCUGUUCUGAGACAACGAGGAGGAGAUGAGAGGAGAUGAUAAACAGCAGAAGAAGAGUGAGAGGAGGAGCUGUGAAGAUGGAGAAUAUUUGUAAAUCAGUGAUUUUGGAUCAAUAAGUUGAGACACGUGAAGAAGAAGAAGAAGAAGAAGAAGAAGAAGAAGAAGAAGAAGAAGACGGGCGGUCUGACUAAAAGACGUUCUCUGAUCACUGCAGACAGAUCAUGAUGAGUGAAAAGAAGAAUCUGGAGAAUUCAGACUCAGUCUGCUGUCAUACUGCUGAAACUGAAACCCUCAGAGCACUAAGCCAACACCUGGGACAGGAAACAACAAGAUGUUGAAUCCAGCCCAGCAGCUGUCUUCAUGGCCUGCAUCAUGGACAAUGUGACACCUGACAGCCCACCAGGGGAGACGCACCUGAAGGACUACAACUACCUGGCCUUGGUCCUUGGUGUCCCUUUAAUCCUGGUCAUCAUCCUAGGCAACAUCCUGGUGUGUCUGAGUGUGCUCACUGAGCGCUCCCUGAAAACUGCAACAAACUACUUUAUCAUCAGCCUGGCGGUGGCCGACCUGCUGCUGGCAGUGCUGGUGCUGCCGCUCUAUGUCUACUCUGAGUUUCUGGGAGGUAUUUGGACAUUGAGCACCAACAUCUGUGAUGCUCUGAUGACGAUGGACGUGAUGCUAUGUACCGCCUCCAUCCUCAACCUGUGUGCCAUCAGCGUGGACCGGUACAUCGCGGUGGUGGUCCCUCUGAAGUACAACAGGAACCAGUUCAGCGUCCGUCAGCUGGCUCUCAUCACUGCCACCUGGGUGCUGUCUCUGGGUGUGGCAAGUCCAGUAAUCUUUGGUCUGAACCAGGUACAGGGUCGUGAUCCGAGCGUGUGCAAACUGGAGGACGACCGCUUUGUGGUGUAUUCAUCCAUCUGCUCCUUCUUCGUGCCUUGUCCUGUCAUGCUCUUCUUGUAUUAUUGGAUGUUUCGAGGCCUUCGGCGAUGGAGCGGUCGCAGUCGAUCUCAGGCAGGUCGAGUUGGUCGGCAAGCUCUCUCUUUACAUCUCGGCUUGGCUCUACAGCGAGUGAAAGCCUCGACCCCGGGGAGUCGAGGGAAGGUUGUAUACGCCACGGCGUCCAGUCUCAGCCCCACCUCACCAUCCACUAUUUCCACGAUGACACCCUCUGCAACCCCAGUGACAGAGGAGCAGCACAACGCGAUGGCAGUGGUAGCAGAGAGUGACCCGAUGACGACGCAGAUUGACAGCGUGUCAGAUGGUGAACCGACAGAGAUGAGGGAAGGCAGCAGCAGAGAGAACGGCCUGAUGAAGACAAAGAGAGGAAGAAGAAACAGUAAGAGCAGCAGAGUCAGCGGCAGAGAACGCAAAGCCAUGAAGGUCCUGCCUGUCGUUGUGGGUGUGUUUCUGGCCUGCUGGACACCUUUCUUCACUGUCCACGUCACCAAGGUGUUGUGUCAGUCAUGUGACAUCGGCCCUACCCUUAUCUCUGUGGUAACAUGGCUUGGUUAUGUCAACAGUGCCGUCAACCCAAUCAUCUAUACUGCCUUCAACACAGAGUUCAGGAACGUCUUUCACAAGCUACUCUGCUGUAGGACAUAAAACUGAACCUGGUUAACAAUGAUCUGAAACUGCAGAGUCUCAGAUGUCACCAUACUAAAACUGAGUCGAACUGAGUCUCAUACAUCUUGUUACCAGAGCUGAAUGCUCUUUAAGAGACUCAUCCAUCCAACUGUUUCUGACUAAAGCCUAAAUUAACAUCUCAGCAGGACACUCUGUCUCUCAUUUCGAAGGUUUUAAUCAUGUGCAAGUUAUUGUUUAAGCUAUAAGUACCCACAGCCUAGAUGCAUAAAAUCAGUGAAGAAGAGCAGAAUUAUAAAUGUAGUUUGAUAUCUGAGUGUUUAAUGUUGUUUUUAAAGGUGCCGACUCAUCUUAUUUUGUUUCUACCGAAAGUGUUGGUGAAGAUCUUUUUGAUUGAAGCAGAAAACAAAAACUGAAUGUUUCAUGAAGCCAAACAGAAAUAUUGUGAUGAACUAUAUUAAAGAGGUGAAUCUGGUUUGUAGCUGUGAUGUGAAGGUGAAGACAUGUAGCUCAUUAACUGAGAAAUAAUAAAGAUAAUUAACAAAUUA